AUGUCAAAAAUCUUUUUCUGCAUCUUCCCAUACUCCAAAAAAUCCAAGAGUACCAAUGAAGACGACGUCAAGAAUACUGGUUUCCUCGAUGACAACAUGAAUUCCUCCGUUUGCGAGAUGUCAUAUCAUCACGUUGAGGACGUCUCCAAGAAGAAUCUUCAAAAGAAAAUUAGAAAGUUAGAAAAAGAAAAGGCUGCGUUGGUUGAGAUGAUGAUUUAUCAGCAUGAAAAUUAUAAGACGAAUCCGAUGGUCCAAGAGAAAUUUUAUAAGAAGGAAAAGCGUCAGAACUCUAAUCACUACACAAAAGUCGGGAAGAGAAAUCAGAACAAGUACUAUCUGAAACCUGAAGUAUAUGAAGAGAACACCUAUGACUAUAUUGACUUCCAUUGA